AGCCAGUCAUAGUCAAUGUGAGUCUCUACUUGGAUCAUUUUGGCCCCUAUGAUGAAACAAAAUCGGAGUUUUCAAUGGCACUGCAAGUGCACUUUAACUGGUUUGAUGAACGUUUGGCAGCCAACUCUUCAGAAAUAAACGACAGUGCCAACUUUAAUACUGCGGCUAUUCAAAUGCUGAACAUUUGGCGUCCGUCAAUCUACUUUUCCAACCCAAAUAUGCCCAGUGCAGGACUGCUUAGCGAGAAGUCUAGCGGUCAGAUAAUGGGCAGGAUUAUGGCUAGUGGACGAGUGCACCUGGUCAAACGCACAACUAUGACUGGCUCUUGCAAAGUUAACAUCAAGCUCUAUCCGGUGGACGUGCAGCAGUGCAGCAUUCAACUCGAGUCAAGUAUCAACGACAAUCAGCUAAGUCUGCAGUGGGCUAAACUGCCCGGCUCCAAAGAUUUGGUGUUUAGUGAUGACUUCAAGCUAGGCAACUUUGAGUUGAUCGAUCACAAUCUCUUUGGUCAGCGUGUCAGCUACCAGAAU